AGGGAAUAUGUAUUUAAGAACGUCCUGUCGCCCUUGUUAAUCGUAAUUGGACUUCCAUUGCUCGUGAACCACCGUGUUGGAUCGGUUUUCAGACGUUUCAGACGUUUUGUUGCAGCUUUUUGUUACUUCUUUUUUCCAUUGAAACUUGAAGAUGCCUUCUUAUAAGCUGACUUACUUCCCAGUCAAAGCAUUGGCUGAACCAAUUCGCUUCAUCUUAAGCUAUGCUGGAGCUGAAUUUGAAGAUGUUCGUUUCAACAGAGAUGAUUGGCCAAAAAUAAAACCUGAUACACCAUUUGGCCAGGUUCCUACUCUCGAAAUUGAUGGGAAAGUAGUCCCCCAAUCUACUUCUAUCUGUCGUUAUUUGGCCAGGCAAAAUGGUCUUGCUGGAAAAGAUGACUGGGAAGCCCUUCAAAUCGAUGUUAUUGUCGAUACUAUUCACGAUGUCCGUAUGAAGAUUGGUGCUUAUUCUUACGAGACUAACGAGGUGACCAAGGCUGAGAAACUCAAAGUCGCCAACGAAGUGGUACCGUUCGUAUUGGAGCGUCUGGAUGCACAGGUGAAGAAGAACGGUGGUUACUUCGUCGGUGGCGCCCUUACCUGGGCUGAUCUAACUUUCGUCGCUCUUCUCGAUUACCUAAACUUCAUGAUGAAGUCAGACAUCAUCGAGAAAUUCGACAACCUUAAGCAACUUAGAGAUAAGGUCCUUGCUCUCCCCGCGAUCAAAGCCUGGGUCGCCAAACGUCCUCAAUCCGAAUAUAGUGAUCCGACAAUUGUAGGCGCGUUAGAGACAAAGUUAGUAGGAUCCGAGAGAUCAUCAAUUCCAGUUGCUCGCGAGCGUAUUCCUCUGAAGAUCAUCAUAAUGUCUACCUACAAGUUGACGUACUUCAAUUUGACCGGCCUUGGUGAAGGAAUCAGGUUCUUGUUGCACCAUUGCGGCAUCAAGUUCGAAGACCACAGAAUCACUUUCGAGGAGUGGCCUAAAUACAAGCCUAAUAUGCCAAUGGGUCAGGUACCCGUUUUAGAGAUCGACGGAAAGCCCUACGCUCAAUCUAAGGCGAUUUCACGUCUCAUUGCCAGAAGGAACAAUCUUUACGGUUCCAAUGAUAUCGAUGCUUAUCAUAUUGAUGCCACCGUCGAUAUUUUGGACGACGUGAGAUUAAUAUUUACUCAGCACUUUUUGGAGCAAGAUCCUGAACGCAAAGAAAAACUGAAGAAGUUGGCUACGGAGAAGGUUUCAUUUUGCAUUGACAAACUUGAAGAACAAGUGAAGAAUAAUGGUGGAUACUUGGUCAAUGGAAAGUUGUCGUGGGCAGACAUUCUCUUCACCACGUUUCUGGAAUUUUUUUCGAAUGUGCUCGAAUCAGACCUGCUGAAGAAUCAUCCGGAACUGAAGAAAUUGUCGGAGAAGGUUAGAGCGCUGCCCAGAAUCAAGGCUUACCUGGACAAGCGACCCAAGACAACGAUGUAAAAGGUGAACGACGAUUGUCACGAGUUAUCGUAAUUAAAUAAGAAAAUUGUCGGAUCGCGGCUGUGACCGUCGACUCUUUUAUUACUAGCAAGCUGUUCGCACAAGGUUGCGAAGAAGCUUCAUGCUAUGUGAUACAUUAUAUGUAUAUUACAAAUGUUACGCUACACAUCAGAAGUAAACAUAUAAACAGAGACAGAGGGAGUUUAUGUUUAUGUUUAUCUCAAGAUUCGAAGAUAAAAAUAAAUACUUACUUCAGUUAUUUUCGUUAAA